AUGGCAAGCCCGCAUGUCGAUCAUCGUCCAUCAAACCCCAUCAAGCUCUUCGUCAAUGGCGGCACCAUCCUCGGCACUCAUCAGGACUCGUCGGUGUCGUACCCCCGGCCCGUCGACAUCUUCUACGGUAUCCCCUACGCCACAGCUGAGCGAUUCCAAGUAGCAACGCCAUGUGCGCCCGUCCCCAGAGGCGGCGUGCUGGACGCCCAGCAGCCAGGGAAACAUGUGCCUUUUCCCAUGGCGCCUUUUGAGACGGAGGAGGGCAUCCUAAGGCUGAACGUGUUCAAGGCGGCGCGCCCUGCUUGCGGUGCUCAGUGUCCUCCUGCCGCGAAGCUGGGGGAGGAGGCUGGCCUCUCCCUCACGGGGCGAGACGAGAGUGGUUCGAAUCUUCCUGUUGUGGUGUACAUUCACGGCGGCGCCUUCAACGCCGGGGACGCUCUGGAACGGAAUCUCGCGUCGCUGGUGGCCUGGGCACCCGAGGACAUUGUCGCCGUGAGCGUGGAAUACCGUCUCGGGCCGCUGGGGUUCAUGUCCGAGGGCGUCGCUGGGGCCGAGCUGAAUCUGGGGCUGAGGGAUCAGAGGACCGCGGUGGAAUGGGUUGGGCGCUGGAUCGGGGCGUUUGGCGGAGGAGCCGACGUGACAUUGAUGGGGGUCAGCGCCGGCGCACACUCGGUCGGCCACCAUAUCCUGCACCCGGAUCCCCUGCCCUUCUACAAAGCCAUCCUGGAGUCCGGCUCCCCGACAGCCCGGUCCGUGCUGUGCCCCGAGCACCCCCGCGUUCGCGCCCAGCACGCCUCCCUCCGGAGACGGCUCCCCGGGGACCAGGCUCCGGCCGAAGCAACCCUUGCCGACAUCCUGCAAGCCUGGAUGCAGGUGUGGGACGAGCACGCCGACAGCGUGACGUGGCCGUUCCAGCCCGUGAUAGACCACGACAUGGUUCCCGCGCGGCCGCUCGAGUCGUGGAACGCCCUCCUCGGUAGCGGUAGCGGCAGCGGCAGCGGCAGCGGCAGCUCGCGCCUCGCUCGGCUGUCCGUCGUGACGGGCUUCUGCUCCCACGAAGGCACGCGCUUUGUCCCGGAAGACGCCGCCACCGACGCAGACUUCACCAGCUUCUUCACGACCCUCAUCCCGUCCCUUUCGGCCGACGACCUCGCCCGCCUGCGGAGCCUGUACCCCGACCCCGUCACGGACCCUUCCUCGCCGUACCGGAACCGCGGCGGCGAGGGAGCUGCCGCCGCCGCCGUCGCCGUGGGGCCCCAGUUCACCAGGCUGCACUCUGCCUACGCCCACUACGCCUACAUCUGCCCCGUCCUGCACACCGCGCACCUCCUCUCCAAGGCCGGCGCGAGGGUCUACCUGUACGAGUACGCCGCGCUGAGCGAGCCCUUUGGCGCAGCCUCCCACGGCGACCAGGCCCCCGUCGUGGCGCACGACCCGGACGCCCUGACCGCUGCCCCGGGGCUGGCUCGCGUGGCUGACGAGAUGGUUUCCCGCUGGGGGCGGUUCAUUGCCUCCCCCGCGGGGGAGCUGCCGGACGGCUCGUGGCCCCGGUUCGAGAGUCCCUUUGGCGACGACGGCUCGUCGCCCGCUCCCGGCAGGGGGAGCCUGCUCGUCUUUGGCAGGGGCAACGACGAAGCCGCCGGUCGGGGGGGAGCAGGCGUGCCCGUCCAGACGAGACUGCUCACGCGGCGCGAAAUCGAGCAGUGUGCUUUCUGGUGGGAUCGGAUGGAGCUCAGUCAGGGCAUGGGCGAGCGAGGCAGCAAAUAA